CCACACCCCACUCGGGCGGCUCCGGGGCUCGCCGGCUCCGGGGAGUCGUGGCCUCCGUCGCAAAGAUGGACGAAGACGGCGGCGGCGGCGGCGGCGGCGAGGGCGGCGUGCCUGAAGACCUCUCAUUAGAAGAGAGAGAAGAACUUCUGGACAUCCGUCGAAGAAAAAAGGAACUUAUUGAUGACAUUGAGAGGCUGAAAUAUGAAAUCGCAGAAGUAAUGACGGAGAUCGACAACCUGACUUCUGCGGAGGAGAGCAAAACUACUCAGAGGAACAAACAAAUAGCCAUGGGAAGAAAGAAGUUCAACAUGGACCCCAAAAAGGGGAUCCAGUUCCUGAUAGAGAAUGACCUGCUGCAAAGCUCCCCAGAAGACGUUGCCCAGUUCCUGUACAAAGGAGAGGGCUUGAAUAAGACCGUCAUCGGGGACUACCUGGGUGAGAGGGAUGAAUUUAACAUCAAAGUUCUUCAGGCCUUCGUCGAACUCCAUGAGUUUGCUGAUCUCAACCUUGUCCAGGCCUUAAGGCAGUUCCUGUGGAGCUUUAGGCUUCCUGGAGAGGCGCAGAAGAUUGACCGCAUGAUGGAGGCCUUCGCGUCCCGCUACUGCCUGUGCAAUCCCGGCGUCUUCCAGUCCACAGACACCUGCUACGUGCUGUCCUUUGCGAUCAUCAUGCUCAACACCAGCCUGCACAACCACAACGUGCGCGACAAGCCCACGGCGGAGCGCUUCAUCACCAUGAACCGGGGCAUCAACGAGGGCGGGGACCUCCCCGAGGAGCUGCUGAGGAACUUGUAUGAAAGUAUCAAGAAUGAGCCAUUUAAGAUCCCCGAAGAUGACGGAAAUGACCUGACGCACACCUUCUUCAACCCGGACCGGGAAGGCUGGCUUCUGAAGCUGGGAGGGCGCGUGAAGACUUGGAAGCGGCGCUGGUUCAUCCUGACAGACAACUGCCUGUACUACUUUGAGUACACCACGGAUAAGGAGCCCCGGGGCAUCAUCCCGCUGGAGAACCUCAGCAUCAGGGAGGUGGAAGACCCACGGAAGCCAAACUGCUUUGAGCUCUGCAACCCCAGUCACAAAGGACAGGUCAUCAAAGCUUGCAAGACGGAGGCCGACGGCCGGGUGGUGGAGGGGAACCACGUCGUGUACCGGAUCUCCGCCCCAAGCCCCGAGGAGAAGGAGGAGUGGAUGAAGUCCAUCAGAGCAAGCAUCAGCCGGGACCCAUUCUAUGACAUGCUGGCCACAAGGAAAAGGAGGAUUGCCAAUAAGAAAUAAGCAACACCAAGACCCGAGACCCACAGCAGACCAUUGCUGCGGCUCCCCGACACCCUGGCCGCUCAGUGCCACGGGUUCCCCGCAACUGUAGACCCCGAAGCCUUCCGCCGUGCUCCUGGACAGCUGUCAGCUGGGAGCGCUUCCUGCCACCCGGCGUGACUGUGGGAGAAGUCCAGGGCACCAAGCUUCGCCUUAGCAGCAGCAGCAGCAGCAGCAGCAGCAGCGCCUGGCCUCGUGGCCCCAGUACCGCACACCCCUCACGGGACUCAUUUUUCCAGAGCCCGCGCCUCCUUCACACCAUUCCACGCCCGCUCUGUGGGGCAGCAUUAGCUGUUCUAGAAGCCGCUCGCUGUUUUAUAUCAAAAUGGCAAAGGCAAACCUACCACUUUUUUUAUUCAGAAUUUUCUCAGAUAUAUAGGAUUAUAGCUUUUAUAUGCCUUUUUAUAUUCUAAAAUUAUAAUGAAAGAUACUUUCUAACCGUAGUAUUUUUAGAAUGGCAGCUAUAACAACUCCUGGACACAAGUAUAUACUGUGCACUGAAAACAAUCUAUAUGCAGCACCCAGGCGGAGGGUGUGGGGGUACUUGCACUUACACGGUAGCUGCUGGGGGCCUGGCCCGUCGGGCAGGGCACAGGCAGCUGCUGCAGGGAAGCAGGUGCUGGGUGCCCGUGAGGACCGGUACACUUGAGAGGUGCCAGGUGUUAACUCUGCCACCUCCCCUCUCAUGCUUCUCUUAAAGACCAGUUCACUGCACUAUGACUAUAGCUUGGGGUCUUUGUAACUGCUGAAUCCUGGGAAAUGGAGCCUUUCCCUGGACGUAGUCAGCCCAUGGGUGGAACACAGAACUGCUAAUAGCUGUUUCGACCCUCACAAAGGGCAGUUUUAUGUGGUCCAGCUGAGUACGUACGAGGGUCACAUCAGCUUUCGAUACCUUUUGUUGCUAAAAUGUUUGGUGAUGUAAUUUGAUCAGGCUUCUUCAUGACUAGUCACACUGACUAGAAAUAAUUCACCAAUCCCCUCCACAGUGCCAAGUUCUCAGACCUGUCCCUUUGGAGGUAGGGAAGAGUACGUGAUGCCUGAAGGUGGCCCUUAAGAAGUUCUGUGGCGUACCGAACCCCAAGUCUACACUGGGGUAGGAUUUAUGAAGCCCCGUGACCUCUGGGAGGUUGUCAGCCAUCAACGUACAAAAGCAGGUGCUCAGGACGUUUGCUGAAGGAAGAGUGUAUGGACCCCACAGGUGGAGUGGGAUGAGUGUGUGGGACAGGCCAGGGCCAUCGUGUGCUUGGGCCAGCACUGGGCCCGGUGACAGAGAGCUCUGGUGAGAGCUUUGUUUGCAACUCUGGGACAGCCAUGCAUGAUACACAGGACCCUGUUUGGCUUACUCGGUUGGCAUGUGGCUUUCACCUGUAAAACUGCCUCCCCAACCUUGUCCGCAGAUACACCUGAAAUUUGUACACUUUGGAGGUCAUGUGCCCUGUGCAAAAUGCAAGUCAAGAAAUGCAGGCCUCAGAGCCAAUGCACUGAGAAGCGAUGCUGCUUUGAGGCAGUGAUUGCAUGGCUGCCGGCCCUUGGCCUCUACGUGGCUGACCUUGUCACAUUAGAAGGCAAAGACUCCCUCAUGUGUUGGACUGAUCACUUUUUGGCUUAUUCCCAAGUUUCUCGGCUUUCUUAACUUUACUGAUACCUCACAUCAGAAACCUUGUUUGAGCUGCCCUGCGGGCGUGUACGUAACAUGGCCUCCAGUCUUCCUGGACCCCAACCGAGCAUUGGCACCACCAUGUGGAGCCACCCUAACUGCCCCCUUCUCCCCCCCACCCCUGGCCCUUGGCGGCACUGGGUAGGUUAGCAUUUCACAGCAGGUGAGUCCUUGCUCUCCUGUCAAACCCAGGCAUGGCCCUGGGGACACAGCUUUCUCUGAUGGGUGUUGAGAGCAGUGAGCAUGGGGCCACCUCAUGGUGACUGUGCCCUUGGUCACACUGAGGGCCCUAUGCCUGAUGCUGUUGGUGCUAAGAAUCUAAGUAACUGGCUUUCAGAGUGUUAACGCAGUCGUAUACUUCAGGUUUUGUUGUGACAGUAUUAACCCCAAAGGCAUCUGGCCACCUCUAGGGCUGCCAGGGAGUGGGGUGGCAGCAGUGUCCAGUCACACACUCUUCCUGCCACUCACAGUGCUAGAAGCGCAGCUCUGCUCUGGCCAAAGACAGUUUCCUCCCGAAGCAAAGUGCGGUAGGCAACGAGGAGGAAGCCUGGGCAGGGCAGCAGCUCCCACGGCCUCUAAACUGCCGUGCCCUGGUCAUCGUUUGAGGUGUAGGUGGCCUGACCCUGGUCCCACAUAGCACCUGUCUCCAGGGUCCUGAAACAUUUCCGAGUAACAUGGUAGCGAACUCGGAAGAGCUGUUUCUAGAUGAAGCACCCUUAAUGCUUCAUGCAAAAUCACAAAUGCAAAUAUCUACACAGAUGUGCUUUGCUCAGAAGUUCGGUCUGUUACAGACCAGAAACCACAAAUUGUGAUUUCUCAUUUUCUUAUUUUUUGUUUCCUAGAAAACAUUUCUAUUAACACUAUAGUUAGUAUGUAAAUAAUGUACAUAUAUAUUGAUUUCUGAAUUGUUUUGUUUGUUCAAUGUACAUAGUCCUAAAAGCUGCAUGAACUGUCCUAUGAAUACUUAUACCAAGAUAUCUGGCUAUUUUGUUGCAAAGUGAACAGCUAGUAAAAUUGGAGGAUGUAUGGCUGUCAAAAUUAUUGCAAAUACUGUUUCACUAAAUAAAAACCAUACUGCUAAAGCAA